GUGAAAGUUCUCAGACAUACAAGUUAUAGCCUUUGCACCAUUACAUUUAUAAAGGAGUGUUAACUGUUAACUACCAGAAAAGAAUAACAAUUCCUUUGUGGGUCAUUUCAUUCUGUAUUUAUUAAUUGCUUAUUUACACACAACAUUUAGUUCAAGAUGGCAAGUGUCCUGUACUUGAACAGCGAUUUAUCUAGAGCAAAGGACCCCAAAGUGUUUCACACUACAUUCGAUCAUUCACCCGUUCACAAAUACAUUCACACACUGAAGCCUUGAAGCAGUCUGACUGCACCUUCGCCAUCAGGCCCUCUGACCACCACUAUAUCAUUUGCAGAAGCAUACAGAAUGUUUUACUUAGUUAUAAAUUGGGUCAUGAGUUAAUUUUUUUUGUAUAUGACUUAUAAUAUAUUUUCAAUGCUGGUAUGUUUAAGUAAAUGCUAUAACUGAUUAACAGAGUGGUAUGCUCUUUUCGCUGCUUAAGGUCAGGCAUUAAAGUACAGAAAUUCAACAUGUGCUCAUUCCGUUCUUCCAAAAUGCAGUCUUCCAUAUUUACUUUAGGAAACAUUUAACAAUCAGAUAAACAGAUCCAAACCCAGGAGGCUCUGAAAAAUGUGUCACUGAUUAGUGUUGUCAUUCCAGAUCAGAACCCAAAGUUAACAAAUAACAAAGAAAAGUAAUGUUUUUGUUUUUGUAGAUUAUCUAAUAAAGGAGAAAGUCAAAAAAGCCGCAGCUAAAGGCACGCCAUCAUGUUAACCUAACACCUAUUGCCACAUUUUAUCAUGAAUCUUUAACGAGAAGACGAGUUUCGCGUCCAUUGAGCUGCUCAGGACAUCAGGAGCCGUCCUGGUCAGACUGUGUAGGUCAGCGUCUGGUCAGAGAGGAAAAAAGUCACAGACAUGUCUGUCCUGAAGGAGAUCAGCUCAAAUGUAAGAAAUAUAAAACAGACGGAGUGCUUAGUUUUGUUCAGGCGGACCAACCAGAUCAAGGAGGAGCUCAGACAGGGAGUAAAAAAGCCGUACAGAGAGGUGAUUGAUGUCUUCUGGGGUGACCCACACAGGGCAGGUCUGAAACCUCUUUCUUUUGUAAGACAGGUUCUUGCAGCUUGUCUCUACCCUCAGCUUAUGGAUGGAGACAAGCUGAUGGUGGAUGUCAAGCAGAGGGCUCAACACCUGCUGAGAACAUGUGCGGGAGAGAGUGUAGGUUCUUACUCUGCCACAGCAGGAAUACCACAAAUAGUUCAGAGCGUCUCCGAAUACAUUGUGAGACGGGAUGGAGGGGUUCCAUGUCACCCUGAAAACAUUUACAUCAGCCCAGGCUCACAGUGGGCACUCACGAACAUUUUUAAGGUCUUGGUGAAUUCCGAGGCCUCACCCAGAACUGGAGUGCUGAUCCCAGUGCCGUGCCACUCCACCACUAUUAUAUCCCUCAUGACGCUGGGAGCGGUGGCGGUUCCCUAUUACCUCAGAGAGGAGCAGAGCUGGGCGCUGGAGACGGAAGAGCUGCAGCGAGCUUUGGACUCUGCAAAGGGAGUUUGCAACCCGGUUGCUCUAUAUGUCAUCAACCCUGGAAACCCAGCAGGUUAUGUUCAAAGCAGGAAAUGCAUUCAAGAGGUGAUUCGUUUUGCUGCAGAAAAGAAGCUUUUUCUUCUAGCUGAUGAGGUGUAUCAGGACUGUGUUCAUGGGAAGGAAAGUGAGUUUGUCUCUUACAAAAGAGCUCUGGGUGAAAUUGGGGCUCCGCUGUCAGACACAGUGGAACUAGCAUCCUUCCACACGGUCUCGAAAGGCCUCAUGGGAGAGUGUGGUCUACGGACUGGGUACGUUGAGCUUGUGAACCUUGACCCUACGGUAAUGAAGCACAUCGACAAUCUAUUCUCCACCAACUCCUGUCCCAUUUUGGGACAGUUUGCCUUGGAUGUGAUGGUGAAUCCUCCACAACCAGGAGCCCCCUCAUACCCUCUCUAUUUGAAGGAGACACAGCAUAUCAGGGCCUUGUUAGCUCAAAACGUGAGGAGGGUGGAAGAAGUCAUCAACAGCUUCCCUGGUUUUAGCUGCCAACCACUGGAAGGAGGAGCAUUUGCAUUCCCAAGAGUGUUUCUUCCUCCCAAAGCUAUUGAGAGAGCCAAGGAGGCUGGCCUGGAACCGGACACAUUUUACUGCAUGAGACUUCUGGAGGAGGCAGGAGUGUUGUUUAGUCCUGGGAGUGAAUAUGGACAAAAGGAGGGCACCUACCACAUCAGAUUUUGCAUCAUGACCCCCACAGACACCAUGGAAGAAAUACUGAAACGUUUGAGCGUCUUUCACAAACAGUUUAUGAAGGAGUUUUCAUGAAAACAGGAAAAAGUCUCUUCUGACAUUGCAGUCAGUAAAAACAAAACUCAUGCCUUCAUAUUGGCAAGCCAUUUUAUUGUUUUAAUAAACAAUAACAAUGUUCUCAA